AUCCGAUUCAGUUAAAUCGGUCUUGGAAAACAUUUCGAGCCACGUGUCGAAAUCUUAGCAGCACAGACAUUACACCCGGUCAAAAUAGAAUUUGAAGAGAGAGAGAGAGAGGCUUUUGGGUUGCUGGUGGUGUGAUUUCCAGCAAUGGAUUGUCAUGCCAAAAGCACUACUUUUCUUCCUUCAUUAUUACUAUCUGUACUUCACUCCAUCUCAUUCCUCGUCUUCCUCUUUCCACACAAGUUAUACCUUCCCAAAUUACGAUUCGGUCAGCUUCUCUUGCAUCACAGCUUCUCAUCCUUUUUUUCGCUUGCUUGCAAGGGUGGUGGAGCUGCCACCUCACCGUUAUUUUUGUGAUUGCAGAAUGAUCGGUAACUCCUACAGGUUGAGAAGAUCAUUCGUUUUGAUGGAAUAAUAUGAAGAUGAGUCUUUGAGCAGUUUUCUGCGGGGUAAUUCUUUGUGGGAUGGGAAGAUUUUUCCAGCUCCCGUACGUUAAAGAAGAUUUAAUGGCCCAGAAUGUUGUUACAAGAUAUGGUGGCCUGGAGACACCGAGAAACAGUAUGGAGCUGCCAGUGGAGACAUUCUAUGGCUUAUAUGCAGGAAGAGAUAGUAAACUGUAUUCUUGUCAUUCAGCCAAGGAGGCACCCAAGAAGACAUGUUCCACUGAGGCUCCAAUCAAGAAAUUAAUUAGCGAAGAGAUUUCUAAAAGAUCAAAUGCCAGACAAAAUGCACCCAGCAUAGUGGCUCGCCUCAUGGGAGUUGAUACAUUACCUGUUGUUCUGGAAGAAGAGCCAAAAAUGAUUGGAAGAAUGUACGAAACACCUGCUAGGAAGUUCGCGGAGAAGGAACAACCUAGAAAGGACUCAGAUCGCUAUGAUUCCUUUAUGUGGGAGUCCUCAGCACAGCACAGCCUGGAUUACUUUGACCAAAAUUUUGACAGCUAUUCUGAUCACUGCAGUAGCCACAUGAAGUUGAGGAAGCCUAAACGUCGAGAGCAUCCUCAAGAACAGGAACUGCAGAAGUUCAAGAAAGAAUUUGAGGCAUGGCAAGCAGCACGAAUUAUGGAAUGUUCAAAGGUUGUAGAGUUCAGUAACUCUCCCUGCCAGACAAUAAUGAAAGAUGAAGUCAGCGAAGAGACAAAGUUCUGUUAUGAUGAUUCUAAGAGAAUGGAAUCCUUUGACAAUCUAAUGGAACCAAAUGAUCUGCCUGUGCGUCUGCGUGAAACAGUUGCUUCUCGUAAUUGUGGAAAGAAAAGGGACUAUUUGUUAGAUGGGGUGAAGGAAUCUUUGUAUUCUAACACAAUGUCAAAAACAGACAUUAUUCCCUCUCAUUGGAUGAGUUCUGAUCGGAAAUCAGAUAUUGUCUCUGCGCCGACCAAGAUUGUGAUUUUAAGGCCUGGUCCUGACAGGAUGGGUGUCAAUGAAGAUUCAUGGAACAGUACUCCUAGCACUUUUGAAGAGAGGGGUAGUAUACAAGAUUUCCUUGAAGAGGUGAAGGAGAGGCUCAAGUCUGAACUGCAAGGUAAAAGUUCUAAAAGAAGUAAAACUGUCCGUGGAGGAGGAAUUGAGACCCCGUACCGGGAAAAGCCUUCAGAACCCAGACAAAUAGCUCAGCGUAUUGCACAACAAGUAAGAGAUAGCGUUACAGAGGACUUUGGGUUGAAUUUACUUCGGUCAGAAUCUACAAGGUCCUAUAGAAGUGACAUUCAGUUAAAUGGAACAGAUUCUCCUGAGUUCGUUAACAGAGAAACAAGGAAGUUAUUGACUGAAAGGUUCAGGAAUGUUCUGAAAGGUGAAACACAUCGAGAAGUUCCGAUUGUUUCACAUAAAAAACAAAGAUCGUCUGUGCUAAAUCCUGAGAAGUGCAAAGCUGGACAAUCUAGAGAUAUAUGGAUUGAAAAUAGAAUGGGCUAUUCUGAAAGCUCGAUGAAUGAUAUUGAAAAGCAAAAUAGAUCUUUCAAGGAGGCUUCUGAUGAUUGCAGAAUGCACUACAAGGCACCAUCUCCCAGAAACCUCGUUAGAUCUCUGUCAGCUCCAGUUUCAGGAUCAGGAACAUCAUUUGGGAAGCUCCUUUUGGAAGAUCGUCAUAUAUUUACGGGGGCCCAGAUAAGGCUGAAGCAUGAAGUAGUUGAGAAUGUCUCAAUGGAUGUCAAGAAACAAAAGAAGGAUAAAUUCAAGAUGAGGGAAAAGGUCUCAAGCAUUGGAUACAGCUUAACACUUAGAGGAAGGCUGUUCAGAAGGAGAGUUCAGUCAGUCGAUGAAUUACACUAUAAUUGUGAUGACCUCUUAAAAGAUAUUGCAAGUGGACCAACGGUUAUGAUGAGUUCCUCUGAGACUCAUGAGAAUUCUACUGAAGUGCCACCAAGCCCUGCAUCUGUAUGCAGUAGUGUUGAUGACGAAUUCUGGAGGCCAGCAGUUUGUUCGAGUCCGGUAUCAUCUGGUUUUGACCAACUGGAGGACAGUGAAGUGCCUGAUGUUUUCAGCCAAAUAAACUCAAACUUGAAUGAUUUGCAAAAACAGUUAGAUCAAUUGGAAAACCCAGGUCUAGAGGAAUUUAUUACUGAAGAGAAGUCCGAUGGUACUGAUCUAGAAAUAAAGGACACAACUGAAGCCUAUGUUAGAGAUUUGCUUGUGGCUUCUGGUUACUAUGAUGGUUCGUGUAAUCGACCUCUGCCAAAAUGGGACCCACUCGGUCAACCUAUUAGCAACCAGGUGUUUGGAGAAGUGGAAGAGUCUUACAGAGAAAGCAACAAGGUUGAUGAAAGUAGCACCAAAGGUGAGGGAAGCAAGAACAAAUCACAGGGUGAUACUUGAUUUAUUGAAUGAAGCGCUACCAACUGUACUCAAACAACCUGCAAGCAUGCCUAGACUCGGAAAAGCUAUUGAGUCAGCGCGUCACCAGCCUCCUCUUGGAAGGGAACUACUUUCUCUUGUCUGGGAAAUCAUUCAAGGUCAUGUGCACCCUCCAGCAGCAGAUAGAUCAGCUUAUGCUCUUGAAAGUAUGCUUGCUCGAGAUUUGAAGUCUGACCCGUGGUCUAGAUUGCUGGAUGAUGACAUCAAUGCUCUAGGUAAAGAUCUUGAGUGCCACAUUACUGGUUAUCUGAUUGAAGAAAUUGUUAAGGAUAUGUACUCAUUGCUUACUUGAGUAGAUUCUGGAGUCGAUAGCUUGGAUGGAUCUUUGUGUUCCAUGGCAGCUCGACUUCUUCGUAGGCGUAGUGAAUUAGCUCGAAUUCAAGAAAAAUCGACGAGGAAAAGAUUCAAGACGAGAAUUAUGCUGUGUGAAAUGUGUAUAGUUUUAAUCAGCAUGCACGGCUGAGGUUCACUGAAAAGGUUGUGGUUGCAUAUAUUGGUGUGGUUGUUAAUUGUUAUAGAAAGGUUGAGGGCUAGAUAGCUUAAUUGGUUUAUGAUUUUGUAUCAAAAUGAAAAUGUUAUUGCUCCGAUCCAUGUAUAUCAAUAAAUUAAAGUUAGCUAA